AUGGUGACUAGAAAUACUCUAAAGCGUACAGCUGAUCAAAGCGAGUCCAAUGUGUCUACUAUUGGCACCCCUUCUAAACGCAGAUAUUCUGAUUCAGAAGACAACUGCCAAGAGGCUGUAGCUACACCGACGCGCAGAUCUGCCCGAAUAUCCGCUAUUAACACUAGCAGCAAUACUAAAAAGAACAAGACUGUUUCUAUUAUUGCACCAAAAAUAUCAAGUUCAAUUUCUGCUAGUAUUUUGAAUGAUGCUCUGCCCAAACCUAAUGAGCCUGUUCCAUCUGAACCAUCCACCGCCCAGCAAAAUACCCCUUCAAAAUCUGGACGACAUCUCAUUUCAGAUUCUAAAACUCCCAAAACUCCAUCUACAUCUACAAAGAAAUUGGAAUCUGUGUAUACUCCUAAAGGAUCUGGAAGUAUAUUUCAGGGUGCAAAAGCUGCUUUUCGUCGAUGCAGCACUCCAUCUCGUCUUGUCGGGCGUGAACGAGAACGCAAUAUAGUCCAGCAAUUUUUGCUGGAUAAUCCAUUUUCUUGCAAAUCUGGAUCAUUGUAUAUUUCUGGACUUCCUGGAACUGGAAAAACGGCAUUACUAGAGGAAUGCAUUCGCAACUAUGCUAGCAAUGCUUCAAAGCUGUCUUUUCCUUUGAAAAUCGUCAAAGUAAACUGCAUGUCAAUUUCUGAACCAAAGGGCAUAUAUACAAGCAUUUUGUCUCAGUUAGGACUGUCUGGACACAGUAUUUCUGAAGGAUGUAAAGUAUUGGAAAAUGUAUUUCUCCCAGAAACCAAAUCCUUGACCAAAAAAUCUCCGUUCCAUUUGCUUAUUUUGGACGAGAUUGACCAGCUUGCUGUUUCCAAUCAAGAUAUUCUUUAUCAAUUGUUUACUUGGGCCAACCAUGCAGAUUCACGACUCUCUUUGAUUGGCAUUUCAAAUACUGUGGAUCUCACAUAUCGCCUUUUGCCUAGACUGAGAACUAAAAACUGUGAGCCGCAGCUCCUUAAUUUUGACCCAUACAAAGUGUCAGAGAUUACCGAAAUCAUUCGAAAUCGCCUGGACAUGGUUUCAAACAGUCCAAUAGGAACGACAAUUUUUAGCGAAAACAAUCCCCCAUCCACUCCUUGUAGAUCACGAGGGUCUAAUCUGAUGUCCCCAGACACUACCACCAUCUCACUUAUGCAGCCCAUGGCAAUUGAACUAGCUGCUCGUAAAAUAGCUGAAACGGGCGAUAUUCGCAAAGCACUUGAUGUAUGCCGAACUGCCAUUGAGUUGGCAGAAACUGAAGAAAAACAACGGCAAGUAGUUGAUGAACAAGUCAAAACAAGUAAGCAGCUAGAUACUAGCAUGCCACCAAUUUCUGAUGCGAUGAAAAGUAGUGGCAAAAACAGUUUGAUUGCUAGUACACCUACCAAGCUUGCAGUUCCAAAAGUCACGGUUCGACAUAUUUUAUCAGCAACAACCAAUCUCUUUGGUUCUCCAAACACCAAUAGAGUCACUGGGCUAAGCAUGCAGUUAAAGCUACUUCUUUGUACUUUGCUUAUCAUGAAGCGCACUUUAAAUGCUGAUAUGAGCAUAGACAAGGUUUUGGAGACAUAUCUAUUACUAUGCCGAUACAGAAACCAAGUCAAUCCCCUAAAACGCACCGAAUUUAUGGAUCUUUUAACAAAUUUAGAAGCACAGGGACUGAUUCGCAUUGCUAGCGGUAAAGGAAAAGAAAUGCGCCAUGUGAAGCUUGUUUCUAUGACUGUAAGGCCAGAGGAUAUAGAACUGGCAGUGUCUGCAGUUCCUAUUCUGACAACCGUUUUGGAAAACGCAAGCCUGGCAUUAGCUUCCACUAAAUAA